UGAAUAAACGAUCUUCUUUCAAAUCAAACCGUUAGUGAGCUUCGUUCGAUCAAGUUGUGUGUAAUUCUGCUAGUGCUGCAGACCGUGUAUUUGCUGUUGUUUCAAUAGCUGACUGAUUUUAGUGAUCGUUCGUUGUAUUUUUGUAUGUGUUUAGCUAAGUUUCAAUUUGUUUUACGUUGUAAUUAAUUGUGUUCAAGAUGAGUACUGAAAACGCUGGCGUUCCUAACAAUCGGCUUGCGGCCUACAAACAUGGUGUCAAAAGUAACACGGAGCUUCGCCAAAAGCGCCACGAGGUCACGGUAGAAUUGCGUAAAAAUAAGAAAGAAGAUCAACUGUUCAAACGUCGCAACAUCCAUAAUGAAGAGCCUACCGCCACUUCACCACUUCAGGAGAAUAAUGCCCAAAGUCCGAUUGCACUAAAGUUUGAGGAAAUCCUUACAUACAUUAAUAGCAACAACCCUCAAAAGGAGUUUGCUGCCGUGCAAGCGGCUCGAAAAAUGUUGAGUCGGGAGAAGAAUCCACCGAUUGACAAAAUGAUUGGUCUGGGACUCGUGCCAAUCUGUGUCAAGUUUCUGGAGAAGUUUGACCGGGUUGACCUGCAGUUCGAAGCAGCUUGGGCGUUAACAAACAUUGCGUCAGGAACCUCAGAGCAAACUAAAGCCGUCAUUGAUGCCGGUGCCGUCCCACGUUUCAUUGCUCUGCUAAGCUCCCCUUCUGGUAAUGUUGCUGAACAGGCUGUCUGGGCUCUGGGCAAUAUUGCCGGCGAUGGUGCCAAGGCUCGUGAUAUCGUGCUGGAAUACAACAGUGUCGAAUCUAUUAUUUAUUUGGUUCAAAGUUCAGACACACAAAUUUCGUUCCUUCGUAACAUUGUUUGGCUAAUGUCUAAUCUGUGUCGUAACAAAAACCCACAGCCGCCGUUUAAUCGCAUUGAACCUAUGAUUCCUGUUAUCUCUCAAUUGUUGGAUCAUGCAGAUCCUCAAGUACUGGCGGAUGCAUGCUGGGCUCUUUCUUACGUGACGGAUGAUGAAGCAGCUCGGAUUGAGUGCGUGGUUGCCUCCGGUGCUGUUCCUAGGCUCGUUCGAUUGCUGGGAUGUGAAAAUCCUGCUAUCAUCACACCUGCCCUUCGAAGUGUCGGAAAUAUUGUAACCGGAAACGACACGCAAACUGAUUCCGUGCUCGCAGCUGGUGCCCUGCAAUAUCUCGGUAAACUAUUGCGGAACAGUAAGAACAGCAUUGUCAAAGAAGCUGCCUGGACAAUUUCUAACAUUAGCGCAGGGAAUCAGCAGCAGAUAACCCAAGUUUUUGAAUCGGGUGUUAUAAAUAUUUUAAUUGAGGUGCUAAUCAAAGGCGAUUUCAAAUCGCAGAAAGAAGCGGCUUGGGCUAUCACCAACAUUACAACUGGGGGCUCGACAGAACAGAUAAUACAUCUAGUGGAAAAGUAUCCGAUGAUGAAACCAUACUGUGAUCUAUUAGUGGCGAAGGAUAGCCGAACGGUGCGGGUAGUUUUGAGUGGGAUUGCGAACAUCUUCCAAAUGGCCGACAAGAUUGGAGGAACGGAGAAUUUGUGCACGAUGUUUGAAGAAAUAGGCGCCCUGGAUAAGCUGGAAGCUUUGCAAAACCACGAAAACGAGGAGGUUUACAAGAAGGCACUGCAGUUAAUCGAGACGUACUUUGUUGAUUCGGAUGAAACUAAUCCGGAGCACGCUCCGAAAGAGGUAAACGGUGCUCUCGAGUUCAAUCCAAGUUCACAGCAAGAGGGUGAGAAAUUUUCCUUCUAAAAUUAUCACUCGAACAACUAAAGUGAGAUCAAGACUGGAAAAUGAAUCAUUUACCUACCGUUCUUUGUUUUCGCAUUGCCAAUUUCCGGUAUCUAUCGUUCAUCAUCGUCAAAGUUUCAAGCUCGUAUUCGGGAUCACUCAAAUGUAUCCAGUUUAUUCUAGCGAUGUACCUAAUAGUCUAAAUAUUUUGAAAGUUAAACAUUAAAAACUCUAAGAGCUUA